GAGAGAGGGAAGACUGAGGAGAGUGUAAGAGAGGAGAAGUAUUCAGGAGGACGUAUCUUAUCUCCAGCCCUGCGUCUCUUCUGUUGCGUCCCCUGCAGCAGGAUCUACCUCCGUGGUCCACCUCUGCUCCGAUGCUGCUUGGAUUCCUGCCUCUCCAGGUUAAAUGCGACGGACAUGCUGCCCACUGACUGUGCAUCUGCUGCUGCUGCUGUUUACACUAGGGCAUCAUGGGAGAUGUGGUUUGGUGCAGCUGAUGAGUUUGGAAAUGUGAUGGACAAAGACCAGAAAACUCUGCUGCUUUCCAUCGCCCUUUUUGGGAAUCCCGCGACGUAAAACCAUCCAGCUGUGCGAGGAAAGGUCAGGAUGGGCUGCCGUCUAACUCGGGCCAAGGCGAAGACUCGAGAGCCGACCCGACAAAGACAUCGUGAGGAGCUGCGCUAUGUGGACGAGUACGGGCAGCCGAUAUCGGUGCAGGUGGAUCGGAGGAGGGGGCGGGAUCAUAGAAAGAGACGCCCACAUUACGCAAAUGACCACAGCGUUCCGACGGAGAGGCACUGGGAGGCGUUGAGGGCCAUGCGACUGAUGGAAGGGGAAGAGGGCCAAGGAGAGGGCUACAGUGCUAGGCCCUACUACGGUCAUGUGACCAUGCCAGCUGACAUGUAUCCAGGCAAUAAUCGAAUGAUGGUGACCCAUGAUAUCUUUCCAACCAAUGGCUACAUGUCCAGAGGGUCAAAUGAGCAGCAUCAACCAACUAACUACCUGCCCAGUGUCUCGUACAGCUUGGACCACCUGGACCGACUGGAGUACCAGGGAUCGGAGAUGCUUCCGUUCCAGCCAAACUCAGAGAGCUGCCUCGUCGGCUGCUACAACACCGAGGAAGUCGAUCCAAAGAAUUUUGGGAGACAUCCUGACUACCGUCCUCCUUGGCGGUCUGACCACCAUCUUGGCUACCUUCCCCUCAGCGAGCUUGACAGCGGUCUUGGAUGCGGCCCAGACAGCCCACAUCAUCGAGUGCCCCUCUCUGAAGCAGAGACCGACGCCAUGUCUUCGCUUCCUGGGCACACACCCUCUUCACAGGGCUCUUCUUCCUCAUCCGAGUCCCUGAUCUCCUCCGAGCCCAGCGAUUCGGGAUUCCACAGCGUCAGCACCGGGGAACACAGGCUUCUUCACAAGAUCCACGGAGGCCACAGACACACACACCACCUUCGCUCAGGCCAUUCCCCGCGGGAGCAGAGAGGACGGUGGGAUUUGGAGUCCAUUCCUGAGACCACUCCGAUGACAGCGCCGCAGUCGUCCCGGUGCUCCGUGGGAAACAGCACCACCACCACUGUUCACUUUCACAGAGCGGAGAGAAGCCCGACAUUACCACGUCACCGCUCACCACCAUCACCCUCUACUGGUUGCCGCACUGAGCCCUGCCAGCGGAGGGCGCUGUGGUUGGACCAGCAGCAUCGUGGAAGUGGAACCAUCGAGGCACCAGGACGAAGUCAAACCAUCACAGAUCUGAGCGACAGACAGCGCCACCGCAGAGCAAGUCACCCCCACAUGCUGGAUCCCAACAAACCAAGAAGCCAGCAGCAAGACAACCAGAGGAGCCCAACCAGGGGCCCCCUGGGACCCAGGAGCAGGGCCAGUUAUCCAAACAGUCACCCACCUGCUCAUUUGGACAAGACCACUUUGACCAAUCAUCAAAACACAUUGAGAAACAGUCAGAGUACCAGUCGCAGCAGAGAGGACGAGCCAACCCCAAGGAGGCCUGGCUCGGCUUCAGUGGAAGUUCCUGAGUGGCGUGGAUUCCAGACACUUGGGACUCACGUGGAAAAACCAAGAGGUCUUUCUGUGCCAUUUUACAGCACACUAGGGGCUCCUCAGCGGAGCCCUCGCUCGCCGCCAUCUCCCAGAUCAAGACUCUCCAAUCAGAAGUCGGUGCGAAACCAACUCCUCAGAGCUCGAGCAUAUAGACUGGCAAGGGAGCGCAGCGAGGUCACCACAGAUGAGGAGGUGAGGGGUGACGGCGUGAGAGGUGGCGAGGGCGAUGGAGAGAACGGACAGUGGGUGGGAAGAUACUGGAAUCGCACUGAGCGCAAACGUCACAUGGCGCUAACGCGGCAGCAUCGAGACAGGAGAGGAGGGGAGGAGCAGGCGGAGGGGGGUCAGGGGCUGAUGUCAUCUCAGACUGUCCUGGAGCUGAGCCACAUGAAGCAGAACCGACUGAGGAACAGCAAGCUUCUGGACGACUGGACAACCGUCGAGGAGCUUCUGACUCAUGGCACCAGAGUGGAGACCGAUGGUCAACUCUGCCCCAACCCUCUGUUGUCAGUGACCACCGUGUGAGGAGAGAGACUUGCACACACUCCUGAGUGUUCAGUUCCUUGCACCCAGAAUAAUUUGGUGAAAAGAUUUUGGAGAAGUUUCUGAAUGCACUCUUGCCAAAAAUAGGAAAUUUGCACUCCAGAUGUCACUUUUUUGGAUAUCUUAUCGCUGCAAAAAUAAAGAGCCGAAGCAGAGCAACAAUCUUACAGCCCAUACCGUCUCAUUACAACUCGGGCCUGGAUGGAUUCGGUCGGGUUGUUAACACCCCAGAUUGCUUGUCACUGGUCCCAAAUAUCACACUAUUGGUUGUGCUACCUCGAGGAAAAAUGUGUUUAUGUUUCUAGUUACUGCCUUUUUAUUGCAAAUCUGAAUCAUGAAAUGUCGGUGAACUUUCCAAAAGUGCGAACAGUUGGUGCUUCUGCUCGCCCUAGCAUUUCCGCGCCUCAGAAUCGGCUAAACACCGUCCUCAGCAGCUGACCAGGAUUAUAUUUAAUCUUUAAUGUGUGCCAAGGUUUCAAGGAAAAACAUCUUAUCGGCUCUUUGUGCCAUUCUUCUUUGACUCAGUCACUACCAACGACACAAUGGAGUCCAUUUUACAAGCACAUUUUUCAUCCCUGGAUUAAACAAAAGCUUUUUAGAGAAGAAAGCUCCUUGAGUGACACUGAAAAUGUCAGAGCACUCCACGGCAAAGAGCAUUAUUCAUUCAGAAAAGUGGCAUUUAACAAUAAGACUCUGCAACAGGUAACAGCGCCUGGAUCCCACAAACCCCAAAAGAUUUAUCAUGCUAUAUGUGCAUGUCAUGUGGAUAGCUAACAGGAGGGAACAACCAAAUGCACUCUCCAAUAAUGUGAAAUAUUUCACAAUAAACAUAUUUUCUUACUUGUAUCGUGGAGGUUUGACUCUUGUCCACAUCAUCACAUUGAACAAACACAGAUUUGUAUGUGAGGUGUCACUAUUAUCAUUUCUAUAUUAGUAGAAAAGUCAAUAUUUGUUGACAAUCUUGACCACCUGUAAUGAUGUCACGGAGUACUUCUCAGUGGGUUUAUAUUACUAUUGAAAUGUCUAUUUUUAUUGGCGACGGCUGUGCUGUAUGUGUUUUGAUGUCUGUGCACAACAUGCAGUGAGCAAAUAAAGAAUGCCUAACACUUGUUGACAUGGUCUUCAUCCGUUGCCCGCCCCAGAAACGUCUUGUUGCACCCAGUUACGGGUUCCGGUUGUGGUUUUAGUGCUAUAGUUACUGAGGCAGAAGUGGGCGGAGCUAUGGUUGGUAGCGCUCAGUAUAAAAAAAUGGCGUCUUUGACAGUUCAUACAGAACAACAUACAGCAGAAUGAUAGUUAUAGGUUACCGUUAGUUAUGAUGCUUCUUCUCUGCAUUCAUAUUCUUCAUAGCUCCGCCCAGCAACAGCCUUAACAGUGUGUUCCAGUUACUGUGAAAGUGGGAAGUCGGAGCUGGGAAUGACACGUCUGCGUUCCAAUUAUAAGUUGGAAAAUAAAGGUAAGCUAUUCUCACACAUGCCUUGUCUGGAUAUAAAUAACUCCAUUUGCAGCUAGCAAGCCCACAGGAUGAAGGGGAAAUGCAAAUUAUUUUCUAGGCGUAGUUCAUUGAUUCACAUUUCUACUUCCUGUUUACGUUUGGGGAAGCCAUCUUGGAUUGCAACUUUCCAAUUUGGUAGCAAAGCCACAUAAAAUUAAUGUUUUUUGAGCAUACAAAGCGAAGUGAGGCACAAAACUCAUAACCUACAGAUAGUCCUGCUCUGUGACCGUUCCUAUGACAACCAGGGAUUCUAUAGCUGCUGAUCGCUCAGCUCCUGGCCUGAUCACCAUGGAGAUGGUUUGUGGAGGAUGACGGUACCUUUCCUGCUGACGCGCGUCAGUUAGAGGCCAAACGCAGCAGCGGCAUUCAACCCCCCGGCGUCGCAUCAGACCCUCUCGGCUGGUUUUUAGGAACCAAAACUGGGCAAUCGAAGGACAUUCAACAAAGGAGUCACUUUUCAGAAACCUCGCUGAUGGAAUCUCAACUGCGUCAUCAACUCAGUUGACAACAACGCUGCUUCAGAAUCUCCUCCCACCACCGCUUGUCCUUCCCUGUCUGCCAUGAGAGUCUCACCACCACCCUCAACAAGUGCAAGAGCAGCGAGUGCGGCCUGUCAAGGUGAGGCACCGGCUUGUCGGCUGGAGUAUUGUCCGUUUUAGUCUCUGCUGGUGUCAGAACACGGAGGGCGAGUUCGCAGUGGUCCCGCGCCUCCUCUAACUGGUCCACCUCCUGGAAACAGCUCGACAGUCCCACCAGAGUGAAGAUCCAAUGGGUGGACGAUGGUGGCGGUGCUUGAGCCAGGUUGUCAUAGUAACACGCCCAGCCCAGUUUGUUUUGCAGUCUCUUGGCGUUAAGCAGAGGUCCCAGCGCCUCCUGGUAGCGUCCCACCCUCAACAGAACAAGACAAGCUUCAGUCUCAGAACUAGAGUUUGAGGAUCACAGCGACAACAUGAUAAAAAAGAUUCCUGGAAUUGCCACGAGCUCAUGACGCCACUGAUGCAAAACACCCAGAGAAGACCUACUUGCUGUGGAUUCCCCUUGCAGAACCGUCUUCCAGUAGAAAGUAGAAACUUUUGAUUUAUUAAGUCUGUUUCGCUGACUUCCAACUGACCUCGCAGUCGACUCACCACAUAUUUUGAGGAGCCGUCCUGCACCACGCUGGCGUCCGUCACCUCGAACACUGUCGUGAAGCUGCCGAGUCAGCAGGGAGGAAGGAGAGGGACCAACUGGAGACAUGCCUACUGGACUGGUGUCUGGAGAAGAUCCCUUUUGCUGUUGGUGAAGUAGAGACCUCAAAUCAGACAUCAAAGUUUUAACUCACCCAUGCUGCUC